GCAAAAAGAUUAUUGGAGAUCCUCUGCAAUUAUUGGAGAUAAAAUAAUGCUAAGCUGAUUUGGGCGGCUUUGGAAUGUCAUUCUUCGCCUUGGACCGGACCGUAGUGCAGAAGAGGUGUUGCUGACUCUUGCUUCUCGAAGGGCAGCCCCUGAGAAGAACGCUGUAGUCGACGGGGGGCGGCCUGCUGAGGUAGUAGCAAUUGGGCCCGAGCUCAGUCCGGGGGCCGUGUAUGACCCAGGAUAGCUGUAGCCCGCGCUUCCUCGACACCAGGAAGGCUCCCAACAGGGGUAUCAAGGAUAUGCCCGUCAGCACCACCGAUGAGAAUACUCCAGGGCACAACUGUUGCGGAAGAAAAGGUAGAUAACAAAUUAGAUAUCGGACCAGAAGGGUACCUUGAAGCAUAAUUAAUAAUUAAAAUUAAAAUCUGUUGUUUUUUGUCAAAAUAUAGUAUAAGUAUGCAAUGACUAGUUUAGAAGACAUUAUGCAAUAGAGAAAUAGUUGGGUUACAUUAACUGUGGAUAAAAAUAAAAACGUUUCUGAAGUCAAAAAAUUAUUGUUUUACCAACGUAAUUG